GAAUAAUCUGCUUAGUACUAAAUACCCAGUAGACUGAGUUCUCACAAUUGUCGUGGACAUAAACAGACGAAUCAUUGUUUUCCCAUGAAAUGUAUACACUUCGUUAUUUUACCCGCGUUUAAAUUUUACAGUCAUAAAAAAAACAAGCGUACACAUUACACUUGCAGGAAAGCCUCCGCGUCGCUGGUUAAUCAUCAACUCGCCGUUUGAAUAUAAAAAGGGGGGCAUUAGGUGGACUAAAGAGGGACGCUUUUUCUGACAAACUUUUGCAACAAAAAAACGUAGUCUUAGAUUUUUACUUAAAAGCCACAGAAGACAAGUUUGUUGGUUGCCACCGGGAGAGUCGGCGGACGAAUUUUGACGAAACAAUUUUUUUUUCAGUGCGCCAUCAAACUCCGCAAAGUGCUCUUUUAGAAAAAUAAUAGCCUAUGGAGAGAGCGUGCGAUUAGGCGUAGCUACACAGGAAGACGGCUGCACGUGGUGUGUGCGCUGGGUUCACAGUCGUGCUCGCUUGUUGCAUGCAGCAGGUGAAAAUGCCACCGGCGGUUUAGCCACACCAUGAACUAACAUUCGCUUUUCCGUGGGGCACCUUAAACUUUGAACAUGUGCACGAGGUGUCAGAAAAUGGAUUGCAUCGCGCUGCUCCUCACGCUGGCCAUCGUCUGCGCCGGCGGUACGGCUCGACAGCAGAAGGUGCCACGAAUCCGCCUCUCCUUUCAAGAUCUCUUGGCAACUCAGUCUUCAGAGCACUUGCACCCAAUGCAUGGCUCAUCGGAUUAUCACAUCCUUCUGAUGGACGAAGACAAGGACAGGAUCUAUAUCGGAGCAAAGGAUUACGUCUAUUCACUCGAUAUGAAUAAUAUCAGCAGGACGCCUCUCAAAGUUCAUUGGCCGGUUGGGCCACUGAGGGAAGAAGAAUGCAAACUGGCUGGAAAAAAUCCCCAAGAUGAAUGCGGGAACUUUGUACGAGUCGUGCAGUCAUUUAACAGGACGCAUCUGUACAUCUGCGGCACCGGGGCUUUCCAGCCCAUUUGUACUUUCGUCACCCAUUCGUCUCUUGCACAGAACGUGGAACUAAAAAUCCCAGUCGAGAAGGCAGACUCUGGGAGGGGGAAAUGCUCCUACAGCCCUAAACUGGAGAGCAUUUCUUUCAUGGCAAACGAAGAGCUUUACUCGGCGGUUUACACCGACUUCAUGGCCACUGACGCAGCCAUUUUCAAAACGAUGGGAAGGCUUCCCCCGAUACGCUCUGACCAGUACAACUCAAAGUGGCUAAACGAGCCGGUGUUUUUGGCCAUCCAAAGGAUCCCAGAAAGCAGCGACAGGAAUGACGACAAGCUUUAUUUCUUUUUCCGAGAGAAAUCAGCCCACGGAGGGACUGGGAAAACGUCCGUUUCUCGCAUUGGGAGAAUUUGCCUGAACGAUGCUGGCGGUCAGCGCAGCCUGGUCAACAAGUGGAGCACGUUUGUCAAGGCGAGGCUGGUCUGCUCGGUAACGGACAGCACGGGCAUAGAGACGCACUUUGAUGAGCUUCAGGACGUUUUCAUAUUAAACACAGAAGACAUGAGGCAGCCCAUAAUAUAUGGAUUAUUCAGUACUGCUGGAUCUGUAUUCAAGGGUUCUGCUAUCUGCAUAUAUAGCAUGGCCGAAGCACGGCAAGUGUUCAACGGGCCUUUCGCACAAGUCGAAGGACCUGGCUAUCAGCAGCUUCCAUACCAAGGAAAGAUCCCAUACCCAAGGCCCGGAACAUGCCCAGGAGGAACGUUCACACCUUAUCUGAAGUCCACCAAAGAUUUCCCUGAGGAAGUGGCCAAUUUCAUACGGAAUCACCCACUCAUGUACAACCCCAUCUACCCCAUCGCCAAGAAGACCUUGAUCAUGCGAGUAAACACAGACUACAAGAUCACUAAAAUUGCAGUCGACCGAGUUGUGGCUGGGGAUGGCACUUAUGACGUCUUGUUCCUCGGAACAGACAUUGGAACCGUGCAAAAGAUAACAGUUUUGCCAAAGCAUGACGGCCUAUCCGAGGAGCUGUUUUUGGAGGAGGUAGAUGCUUUCAAGGUUCCAACACCAAUUCUCUCCAUGAAAAUAUCUUCGAAAAAGCAACAGCUGUUCAUUAGCUCGGCGAAGGGCAUCACCCAGCUCGCUCUGCACCACUGUGGCAUCUAUGGCAAGGCGUGUGCCGAAUGCUGCCUCGCAAGGGACCCAUACUGUGCGUGGGAUGGACAGCAGUGUUCCCGAUAUUACCCAACAAACAAACGGAGGAGAAGGCGUCAAGACAUAAGGCAUGGCAAUCCAUUAACAGAAUGUAAAGGAUUUAAUGUAAGAUCAUACAGGGAAGCUGUGGAAUCUCGGCAGUUCGGAGUAGAAGGAAGCAGCGUGUUCUUGGAGUGCGUGCCCAGAUCGGCGCAGGUGUCUGUGAAAUGGAUUGUGCAGCGACGUGACACGAAGAGAAAGAAAGAGGUUAUUUACAAUUCCAACAUAAUGCAAACGGAGCGAGGGCUCCUGUUUCGCGUGCUGCACGCAAACGACAGCGGGACGUAUUACUGCCUCACGGUGGAGUACAACUUCAAGCAUACCGUGGCCAAGUACAGCCUGAUAGUCAUGGACAUUGCGAUGGCCAGCGUCUUCACGGGGGAGGAUCCCCACAAGCCCUGGCAUCCGUCCCACCCCUCCAGCGUUGCACACGGUGCCCAGUUGCCCUACAAGGACUUCUCUCAGCUGCACGACCACCCGGGCAUUUUGGCCGGCAUCAGCGCUUGCCAGCAGCCACAGAGGCAGCCCGAGGCAGGGCCAGACACGCAGGCGGACGAGAGACGCCUGAAGGAGCACGAGGAGAGGACAAAGAGAAGGGACAGGAGCCAGAGGAGGGUCGUGGUAAAGAAGUCGUGAAGGCAUCAUCUUCUGUGCCGUAGCCAUUAUUCUAGCUAACAAUUCUGGGGCUUUUUUUUUAAAGAUGAUCUUUUAUUUUUAGAUGUUGUUAGUUUCAUGUUAGAUUUUAGAUUUUUUUUGUAUAACUUGUGUAAAUAAUUAUUAGCACAUUUUCUGUUGCGUUUAAGGGGUGUGAUUAGGGCUACUCUAUGACAUUUGUAAAUUAAUGAUAUUAUCGCUGUUGUUCACCCAGCAGUACAAGUGGGAAGACCACACUGAGUCGAUCGACAGGCCACGUGUGGUGGGAUAGAGUGUGGGUAACUCUGACCUCUUUCAAGACGUCUGGCCAUGGGAGUAUGCCUAAAUACCAUGGAGAGCAGCUCACCAGAGGCCCUUCUGCCAGCAGUGGUGCCAACAAGCAAUUGCAAGGCUGCACCAUUUACCUUUUGUUCAGCAGCCCUUUGCCAAGACUUCUUUUUUUGUUGUUGGGUUAUUCACCCCAUUAAUGGCAGGCAUCGUUCUGAAGGGAUCGCCUUCGCACGCAACAGUCGUGCACUGCUCGCGACGCUGAUGCGGCAGCCACUGCUGCAUUGCGACUGCGGCAUUGUGGAGAGGACCGCACACAAAAGGCUCAGCGGUGUACGCGUGCGCUCUUCCACUCGAUUUACCAAACAGGCACUUCUUUAAUUGUGUGUGUGUGUAGACGUCUCUCGGCAGAUUAUUUACUUUGCAUUGUCUCCCCACUGUGGGAGGGGACCUAAAUUUAUGUUAAACUUUAUUCGCACCGUACGUAGCCAACCUUGCUAAUCGGAGGUGCGGGGGGGGGAUGACGACAAACGAACACACACAAAAGCAGUUCUCAAGAAAUGGGUUUUCAAUCUAGAUUUUAAAAUGCAUAGCCCCAGUGGCUUCCUAAUAUCGGAAGGAAGAGCGUUCCAGACGGUUGCAGUGACCGCCUAAAUAAUAGGACGUGAGAGCACCCAUAGGGAGUCGUAAUACUUCUCUCUAAUACUAUGCUCUAAUGCAGAGCAUCGUGUUAGAGCAUCGUGAUAAAGAUGCCGCAUGGAUUAACUGUGAAAUAAAAUGAACUACUGUCCUGUA